AUGCCAGCCAUCCAAGCCCCAUCCAAAGUGCUCGUCACCGGCGCGAAUGGCUUCAUCGCCGGUUGGAUCAUCAAGGAUCUCCUUACCCACGGCUUCUCCGUGAGGGGAGUCAUCCGCGCGGAGGGCAAGGGCGACGCCCUCCGCACUGCGCUUACCGAGAACGUUGAGAAGCUCGAGUUCGUCGUCGUGCCUGACAUCACUCUCCCCGGAGCGUUCGACAGCGCCCUCGAAGGUGUCGACGCGAUCGUCCACACCGCCUCCCCCGUCACCGUCGUCUGCGACCACCCGGACGAGCUCAUCGUCCCCGCGCUGCAGGGCACCAUCAGCAUCCUCCGCAGCGCCUGCCGCCCAGGCUCCUCCGUGAAGCGCAUCAUCUAUGUCUCCUCCCUCGCUGCCGUCGUCGACAACUCGCGCCCGAUUCCCGCGACGUUCUCCGAGGCCGACUGGAACGAAAGCGACGUCGCGGAGGUCAAGGAGAAAGCCGCCGCCGCCAGCGGGCCCGCCAAGUACCGCACGAGCAAGACGCUCGCCGAGCGCGCGGCAUGGGACUGCUUCAACGAGGGCAAGGAGAAGGGGUCCAUCGGAUGGGAUCUCGUGUCGCUCAACCCGCCGUGGGUGUUCGGGCCUCCUCUGGGCGCGCGCACGCUCGCGGACUUGACCACGUUGAUGAGAACGUGGUACAAGAUCGUGGUGACCGAGGAUGGCGAGAUACCAGCCUGGAGUCGAACGACCUGGGUUGAUGUCCGCGAUUUUGCGCGUGCCACCCUGGCGGCCCUUGUCCGUCCCGAGGCUGGCGGAGAGCGUUUCAUUAUUGCGAACGCUUCCUUCCUGUGGAAGGAGUGGAUUCCGAGAGCCCGUCGUCUUCUGGGAAAGCCAGGGACUGAGCUCCCCUCGGCAAGCGAGCUCGUGUACGAGCACUUCUUCGACGCUACCAAGUCCCGCAAGAUGCUCAACAUGCAGUACCGCGACAUGGACGAAUCCACGACUUUCAUCAUUGAGGACUUCAAGAAGAAGGGCUGGUGCUAG